AUGUGGUCAAAGAGGCAUGUCCUUGCAGAAUUUCGACUGUUCACCUGUUUAUCGGAAAGGGAAGACGCACCAGUUGAACCUGUUACUGUUUAUCUAACUCGGAGUCUUAUCAGUGAACACAAGUAUCAAGAAGUUUUCUAUCCAGAGUCCGAAAGAGGUAGCUCUGAGGAUAUCCUGUCCCCAAGCGCUUCCAACUUUGAGGAAGAUGGUAAUGACGAAAACGGUGAAGCCACUGAACAAGCAUCUGAGUUGGAUGAGGGCACUGCUGUCGAUACUUUAAAACAGGAUCACUGUGGAUUAUCCAAGCGACUGUCCACUUUGGGAUUGGGCAACUUUGAGUUAAGUUCUUCGGAUUCUGAGGAUUCUCAAUGUGACUCUGCAGCAGGUGGCGCUGCAGUGGAGAAAAACAGGGAAGAACAGUUGAAGAAAUAUCUAGAGGGUGCUGCAGUUUUGGCUGAAAUAAUUGAAGACACAGAAAGCCUAGCACUAGGGGACUCGGAGAGCCUAGGCCUUCAAGAAAGCCUAGCUUCUGAAGGCACUGAUAGUUUGGCUGGCGAUAUUUCAGGCCAGGCUUCAGAUAUAUUGGACUUGCCGGAGGAGGAAGUUUUUGAUGCAAUGGGAUUGCCCAAAAAGUUCAGAGCUAAGCAGAAAACACACAAGAAAAAGGCACCCAUGGCUGCCAAAGAAAUACGCAGGAGGUUUUCACAGUACUGGGAAGAAAACGAAGAGCAGUUGGUCUACAAGUAUUUUGUUCUCAAAUAUCCUGCCUAUGUUGCGUGGUACGACCAGAUCGCCGGUUCGGUGCCACCUGGAGCAGAAAUGGUGUAUAAUGAAAUGGUUGACAGCCAAGCAGACGUCAGUGUAACAAAUAUAUUCCAUUCUGACCAAUCUGAGCCAGCAAACAGCUACAGUGUAAUUGAUGGUGACAGCACAGUGGAUACAAACAGCACUCUUAAUGUUAACAACAGUGCUGAAGCUAAUAGCAAUUUGUUCAAAGACACCACUGUAGCUGAACAUGCAGACAGACCCGUAAACAAAUACAGUAUUGACAAUUCAACAGUCAAUGGCACAAUAUGUGAAAGAAACCAAAAUGGAGAAUCAGAAGAAAGUGUGUGUUCAGACACAAGUAAUACUAAUACCAUAAAGAACAGAUCUGCUAAACUUAGUGACGAUAACAAAGAGUCAGGAAAAGAACUGCUUGAUAACUGUACAAAUGAAGACAGUUUGUCUGUGCAUUCUAAACCACUUAACUUGAACAGUGUACUAAAUAACUUAAACUUUGGGACAACUGAGGCUAUCAACGAUAACAAGUCCUACAGCAAUGGGGAAAGCGAGGAUGUUAAUGUUAACUGUUCAUCUUUAAACACUACAGACUCUUUCACUGAUGGUGUGACUGAUACGUACUACAGCCCUGAGGAUGUCAUUGCAUUUCUCAAAAAAGAACAUGCUGACAUUAAAGAACAGAUAUACUGGCAUGUCAAAGAUGAAAUUGGUAAAUUGCUUCGAGAGAAUCCAGACAGGGAGCUGAAUUUAUCUUCCUUUGACAAAGGUUUGAUGGAAAAUAUCGUUCCUUGUACGGGUGUGGAGGAGGGUUACGUGGAUGAGCAGCCUGAGGAAGAUAACUAUGUCAGCGAGGAUGAAGAUAUAGAGACUUCCAGUAAGAAAAAGAGUAUUCUAGAAACUUUACAGCUGUUGGGACUGUCUGUAGAGAUGGAUCCAGAAAAAAGAGAGAAGAGAAAACGGAAGAUUGUCCACGGGACGGUGAUCUAUAAAAGGAAGAACAUUCUGAAAGAAGCCAAACGCUUGCGCCUGGAUCUUGGAAAAAAUUCUUCACAGGAUCAGGAGACGGAAUUCCCCGAAAUACAGAUACUGGAGCAAGAAACAGAAGUCUUAGAUGUGCACACACCUGGUCAGAAAACUAAAGUUCCUGAUGUGCUGAAGGCGAAGCAUAUAGUGUUUGAUGAUGAUGGAAAUCCCCACGAUGCCUCAGCUGAGGCAAGCACAUUAGAAAUAAACAUUGAGGAUGCCACAUCUGUAGGAGAUCAAACCUGUCUCAGUAUUCUGGUGCCUGCGGACAUUGAAUGUUCUUCGACUAGUAGUAGCAGUCCAACCAAGCUGAAAAAGAGCAAGAAAAAGGGGAGGAAGGUGCCUCUUCCGGAACCGAUGAUUUCUGAUCCAGAAUUGGCCAAAUACUGGUACCAGAGGUACUGUCUGUUUGCAAAGUUUGACGAAGGGAUCAAGCUGGAUAGAGAGAGUUGGUUCUCGGUCACCCCUGAGCCAAUAGCUGCAAAUAUAGCAGAGAGGUGCCGCUGUGAUGUUAUUGUGGAUGCUUUCUGCGGAGCUGGUGGAAAUUCUAUACAGUUUGCCUUCACAUGCAACCAUGUGAUUGCCAUCGACAUUGAUGCAUCAAAACUGGAACUUGCUAGAAACAAUGCAGAGGUUUAUGGGGUUGCAGAUCGAAUUGAGUUUAUUCAUGGAGACUACUUACAGCUGGCUCAAAUUCUGAAAGCCGAUGUGGUCUUCUUGAGCCCACCUUGGGGCGGCCCUCAGUAUUUGGAUUGUGAUGUCUAUGACCUAGACAACAUGGCAGGUUUCAAUCACACUUCAGAAUUAAUGGAACUUACAAGGAAGAUUACCCAAAACAUUGCAUUCUUAUUGCCUCGCAACGCUGAUGCCGAACAGGUGGCAUCCUUAGCUGGGGCUAGUCAGAAAGUGGAGGUGGAUGAGAACUAUCUGAACAAAAAGCUGAAGACUUUGACCGCUUACUUUGGUGAAUUGAUGUUGGGUCAGUCAGAGCCUGAGCAGGGCGACUUUGAAUGUGAAUAUUAA